AUGAAAAUCUUUCACAUUCCUUGCCUCGAAGACAAUUAUUCCUAUUUAAUCGUCGACGAGAGUACCAAAGAAGCUGCGGCCGUGGAUCCUGUUGAACCGGAGAAGGUUCUUCAAGUUUCCAAUUCACUUGGUCUUACUCUCAAAUUCGUCCUCACUACUCAUCAUCACUGGGAUCAUGCUGGUGGAAAUGAGAAGAUAAAGGAAUUGGUGCCUGGAAUCAAGGUAUACGGUGGUUCAAUUGAUAAUGUCAAGGGUUGCACUAAUGCAGUUGAAAAUGGUGAUAAGGUGCAUCUUGGAGCUGAUAUUACUGUUUUGGCGCUUCACACACCUUGCCACACCAGAGGUCACAUAAGUUAUUAUGUUACCGGCAGAGAGGAUGAGGUCCCGGCCGUUUUUACUGGAGAUACACUGUUUAUUGCUGGUUGUGGGAAGUUUUUUGAAGGAACUGCGGAACAAAUGUAUCAGUCGCUUAGUGUAACAUUAAGUUCAUUACCAAAGCCAACUCUAGUUUACUGCGGCCAUGAGUACACAGCGAAGAACUUGCUAUUUGCUCUGACAGUUGAGCCAGACAAUUUAAGGAUACAGCAAAAAUUAACGUGGGCUCAGAAUCAGCGGCAAGCUGGCCAGCCGACAAUUCCCUCUACCAUUGAGGAAGAGUUGGAAAUCAAUCCAUUUAUGAGGGCUGAUUUACCUGUGAUCCAGGCAAAGGUGGGGCGCAGUUCGGCCGUUGAAGCUUUAGGAGAGUUAAGGAAAUGGAAAGACAAUUGGACGGGCUAA